AUGGCCAUCCGGAACCAAUACUGGGGGAAUGUUGUCGCGGUCGUCCCUACGGUCGGGGCAGCGCUUGCGACCCUCAUCUAUAUCCUGCGUCUGAUUGCGUGCCGGAUGUCUACGGUCGGGUGGCGGUUAGAGGAUUUGUUGAUGGGUAUUGGCCUGAUUCUCUCGUACGGAGCCACGGCUUUUGUUAUCUAUACCGCCUUCAAUGGUGUAGGCGUUCCAGGGAAUGAACUUCCGCAGGACGAACGUAUUCGCCUGCAAUUUGGCUCUUGGAUGAUCCAGAAGUUCUGGCCACCAUCCAUGGCAUUUGUGAAAAUAUCCAUCCUAGUCUUUCUCAAGCGACUACUAGGCACCGUGAAAGCGGUUCGUGUGGGAGUGACCUGCCUAAUUGUCUUCACCAUUAUGUGGGCCUUUACGGAGCUCAUGGGCAAUAUUUUCCAAUGCCACCCAGUCCAGUAUUACUAUGACACCACACUAAACGGCCAUUGUAUGCCCGGACAGACCAAAUUAUUCCAAACGUCGGCUUGCUUGUCUUUGGUAGAAGACGUGAUCAUUUUGCUUUUGCCAAUGCCGGUGGUUUGGCGGCUGCGAAUCACCGUCCAACAGAAGGUCGGGCUGACAAUCGUCUUCUCGCUAGGUGCAUUGGUAUGCAUUUUCAGCUUGCUGCGUGUGAUUGAGUUCAACCACUUUCAUACUAAUGACCUUGCCUCAUCAAGCGCUAAAGAGUCCAUUUGGACUGCCCUUGAACUCAAUGUCGCUAUAAUCUGUGGCUGUCUUCCUCUUUUCAAACCACUCGUGCACAGGUUUCUUGGAAAGGUCAAAGCCCAGUCGUCCCGUUCUUUACGCACACCACGCUAUCUCAACCGGCUCAGUCAAGACCCCGACGGAUUCCAUAAAAUCAGCGAUCCCCAUGGUCUAAGGACAAGCAAGAACGUGGUGGUAUCUACAGACCCUAGUGGGAGACAUAGUUCGGAUGUUGAACUUGGCGGGAUCACCGUGCAUACUGCGAUCCAGCAGGAUGUGGAGAGUCGGCCAAAUACCGGUAGCUCAGACGCAGCGAUCGGGACGACAUGGCCUCGGUGA